UGUACGCAUUACAGGAUCCGACAAUGGCUGAGGCAGCUCUGACGUCUAGAAUGGCACAGCCCUAUCUACAGUCGGCGGGGAUGGACAUGCAGCCGUCCACGACAUCGAACCAAAACAUCACAGCUGGAAACUUUCCCAUCCCGACAUCUGUUCACCACCGACCACCAACACCAUCACAGUAUCAUCGACAAGAUUCAGAUCUUCAAAGACAGCAUAUAACAAGCUCAGACUUGAUACCUAAUGGCACAGCACAUCACGACUUACAGGUCCAACCUGAAUCAACGACACAGUUAGAUCGAAAUCAUCUAUGUCCAACAUGUAGUAAAGGCUUCAAAAGCAAGCAACAGUUAGCUCAACAUAGUCUAGUCCAUACCAAUAUACGCAAAUAUGUCUGUUCAUAUUGUGAUAAAGCUUUUAAACAGUUGUGUCAUCUACAGCAGCAUGUCCGUAUUCAUACAGGAGAGAAACCAUACCGGUGUUCAUUUGAAGGUUGUGACAGAGCCUUUGCUCAAAUGGCUAAUCUCCAUCAUCAUAUGAGAAACCAUGACGAACAUCUCAAAAAGUCUCAGACCAAACAAUUCCAAUGCAUGAUCUGUCAUAGGGCAUAUACCAACGAAAGUAGUCUCAAAUCUCAUAUGCUCAAGAUGCAUGUUCAUCUAAAGGCAAUAGAUGGUGUUCAGUCUGAUCUUAUCAACCGAAUUCACAAACCAAAACCUACACGAUUACCUAGCAAUGGUAUGUCUGGCACUAUAGAUCUUACAUCAGAAGAACGUGAUGUGAACUCUGGUGACAGAAUGGAUGACAGAAGAGCAGACAACUUUAGAUUUACCAAUUCUCCGCCACUAGAUAGGGCAUUACAUCAAAGAAAUGAUGAAGUUGCCAGAUUCGCUCAUCUUGCUGUUGCCAAAAGAUUCGAUCAAACAAAAACCAAUGAAUUCAGAUUCAACAACAAAGGCGCUGAAGGCAUGGAAAUUGAUAACAGGGGAGAUAAUUAUAGGUUCAGUGACAAACGUUUAGAUGAACGUGAUUUACAUAGAGCAGACAACUUCAGGCAAUCUGCCGAUCGACUAGAUACACAGAGAGCAGAUUUUAGAUUUCCUGAUAAAAAUGCAAACGACAGACUGCAGGAUCAGCAGCCAGAGAAUUAUAGACUAUCGGAAGAAAAUCUAAUCGUUAGAGCAAUGAUGAGUCGUGAUCAGCAGAAUCUAGUGUCAAGUAAUACAUCUUCUCUGUCACCAGCAGAUACACAGAUCAGAGGUCAAGAGGUCAACAAUAGGUCAAAUGUCAACUUAGCAGAUAAUUCAAGAAAUAGAAAUGGAAGAUUGAGUUUCCCUCCUAUGAUGCCAUUUGAUUCCCCUAGGGUGGACUUUUUUCAACGACCACCACUAGGGUCUCAGUCUCCUAGAGCCAACAGCUAUAUUAAUGAUAUUCAACAAUUCAACAAACUAAAUGGUCAUGGUAGCCUACCUAGCAACCACAGCAGUCAAAGAUCUACAUUUGAUCACAUGCCACAAGCAACCAAUCAUAUCAGUUCUUCAUCUUCUUCUUUUGUCAGCCAGCAACCCAUGUGAAAAAAAGAAUUCACCCAACUAUUUCAAACUAUUUAUGUAUUUGUAUAAUUUUUUAUGAAAUUUUAAAAGUAAAGUAGGUAACAAGCAUUGAUAUUUUUCAAGGAACUGGCUACAAUUACCCUCAAAAAGUAACAAUAAGAAAUAAUUAUUAUUGGCCUCAAAAUGCUACCUAAGUUUACACACUGAAUGAGCAGGAAUAGCCACCAAAAUAAAAAAGCUAAAAGAAUUCUAAAUAUGUAUAAAUGUGCUUUCAAUUUAUCAUUGCUAUGUUCAAACAAUAAUUUUCUAUUCAUAUAAAUUUUUUUUGUAAAACAACGUAUAACGGUCAAUGACACAAACACAGUGCAAAGUAUCAAGAUGCUAUACACAAAAUACAAACAUUUCAACAAUUAGUCACAAUAGUAACAAUAAUUAUUUCUUAUUAUUGCUUUUUGCGGGUAAUGGUAGCCAGUGCCAUUUUUGUAACUACUAGAUAAUAUAUUGAAAUGAGGCUAUUUUUACCAAGCAUUGUUAAACUGUCAGUAUUUUAUCUAUUUUUGUAUUUAUAUGCAAAAAUAUCUGAAUGUAGUCAUGUCAACACAAACAGUUUAAAAAAUGCUAAUUAAUUAUUUGUUAUUAGAAACCACUCAGAAAAGAAGAUCUAUUUUAUCAGUGUUGAGCUGUAAUGUCGGUUAAAACCAUACCGACUCUAAAUAAAGCUGAUUUAUUAAAACUAAUGAAACCACUUUUCAAAUCUCUAUGACACCUACUUCUUGUAAACCUAUACUCUGAAUUUUUCAAUAUGUUAAAACACACUUUUCUCAAGAAAUACUCAACAGAAUGAUUUAUAUUUGUUCAGCAGCUAGCCUGUGAUGAGAUCUAAUGUGUAUGCACUUUUAAGAUUUGUCAGACACCUUCUUCCUGUUUGCUAAUACUUUGAAUUACACGGUAUACCUAACUCUACAGUUAUGUUCCAGACUAUAUGAGUAUUUGGACCAUACCUGUAUGGUCAUGACCAUAUGUACCGACAUACGCGAAUGGGGCUAAUAAUUAAAUGAUGAUUAACUUUGAAAAAGUGUCCCAUAAGUUUAGAGUUUCUUUAUUCAAUCAUAUGGUAAUCAUUGUUACAUGAUUAAUGAAAUGAAGCGAGUUUUAUGUAGUUAGAAUUAUAGGAAAGUCGUUUUUUACAUGGCCACUAUAGAUUGGUCCUUAUGAAACACAAUAUGUCAACUUUGGAAAAUAACUUCAAGAAAUUCUAAACGAACUGUUAAACAAGUAGUCAAUUGCUUAAUAACCAAACGAGUAUAAUACUCAUAUGGUCCAACCAUAUGAGUAUACACAUGUCGUCAAUAUGACCUAAAAAAUACAGAAAUUCUUUUUUUAAUGGUAAGUUAUUGUUUAUGUAUAGUUUUUGCUGUUUAAACAAAAUACAAUUGCAGUUCAAUGAAAUUGCUCAAUUUAAUGUUUUGUUUAGAAACUAAAAUUUUAAUCUUGUUAUAAUCUUAAAGGGUAGAAGGAUUAACCUAUGAAUUUAUCUGUACAUAUGUCAAGACAAAUUAAAUAGUCUGUGGAAAGCAGCAGGUUUUAAUUAUGUUCAGAACAUUUUAUGUAAUUAUGCAGUAGCUUAAAUUUAUAAAUUAUAUUCUUGUCCUCAAUUAUGCAUGAGAUAUUUCCUGCUAGAUGUUAAGCAUACAACAAUCAAUCAAUCAUUAAGUUAUGAUGUGAAUAGAAAAAAGUAUUUGUUGAAUGUAGAUUUUAUGUUGAUAUUAUUUCUAGAUCCCUGGUAUCAAUAAAAAAAUAUGGCUGCAUCACCUAAUAUCAAAAUUUUAAGUUAAUUGGAUUUUCGGUUUUCAAAUAUUGAUAGAAAAAGAAUUUGAAACAAAUAGUUCCAGCACCUACAGCAAUAUCACUUUGUUCCUUAAUCCAUAAUGUAAAUAUAAGAGGAUCGAGCCACAUGGCCCUUAUAAUAGAUGGUAUUUCGUGACAUAAAAAGACAAACAUUAUUUUUUUAAAUAAAUCUGCACCAAUUUAUAAGGAAAUGGUAAAAAUGAAGAAAGUAAAAUAAUUGUGAUAAUCAGAUUGUAUAUUAGAAUUUAAACAUUUUACAUACAUGCACUGUGUUUAAAACUUAUUGUAUUCCUAACUGUACUAGUCUCAUCAUGUGGAUGAAAUAUUAUCUUUACUGCAAUGCUUCUGAUAUUGACUUUGUGUUUAAGUUUGAUUGUGAAAUUAUAUGUAACCAUAUUUAGCUCAAAGUACCAGUUUGAAAUAUUGCUAUCCCAUGGUUUUAUCAUUCACCAACAUCUUAAGAUGUGUUUUCCUCUUGAGUAACCGUGUAAGUUUCUUCUAAACUUGUGAACAAGAAUUGAGCAUUAAAUUUUAAAGAUGUUGCGACCUUAAGCCAACUUGGCAGGCAACCCUUACUUAAAAACAGAAAAAAGUUUAUUGUUCCAUAAUUGGUCCUUUAUUAUAAUAAAGCCGAUUUGACCAAAUAUUGAUAAAUGUUCUUCCUUUUAACAUUUAUUAUAGGACCCCUGUCACCUAUUAAGAUGGUUGCCUUUGUUAUCACAACAGAGUUUUGAUAUCUAACUCUGUAAUAGGGUCUUUUUUUUCUGCAGUGAAAGAGCUGUUUUCACCAAACUGUUGUGAGAUGGCUUUUUAUAUGACCGCAAACAUUUUUUUGCGGUCGUAUAUUGGUAUGACAUUGGCGUCGUCGUCGUCGUCCGAAGACACAUUGGUUUACGCACAAUAACUUGAGUUUAAGUGAAUGGAUCUCUAUGAAAUUUUACCAUAAGGUUCAAUACCACAAAAGGAAGGUUGGGAUUGAUUUUGGGGGUUAUGGUACCAACAGUUAAGGAAUUAGGGGCCAAAAAUAAGCAUUUUUGUAACUUCCAGACAAUAACUUGUGUUUAAGUGUAUGGAUCUCUCUGAAAUUAUACCACAAGUUUCCACAUCACAAAGGAAUGGUUAGGAUUGGCUUUGGGAGGUUAUGGCUCAAACCGUUUAGGAAUUAGGGGCAUAAAAGGGGAAAAAACAAGGGUUUCCUGGUUAAUGGACAAUUUAAAAGCAGUCUAAGGGAGGUAAUCGAAAAACAAAAUUGUACAAUGUUGGAUUACCUCCCUUACACUGCUUUUAAAUUAUCUAUUUAAGACUUUUAUGAUGUAAUUAUAUCCCAUGCAAUGAGUUGGGGAGGGUAUAAUGUUUUUGAUCCAUCUGUCCGUCCGUCCGUUAGUCCUGUUUCUUGUCAUCGCAACUCCUCUCAAACCACACAACAGAAUUUCAUGAAACCUUUUUAGAUAAUAAGGACAUACUAUGUAGUUGUGCAUAUCGACAGGAAAUUACGAUUCAAUUAUUUUUCUAGGAGUUACGUCCCUUUGAACUUAUUUACUUUAAUGUACUACUGCAACAGUUUGUCAUAGCAACUCCUCUCAAACCACACAACAGAAUUUCAUGAAACCUUUUCAGAUAAUAAGGACAUACUAUGUAGAUGUGCAUAUCGACAGGAAAUUACGAUUCAAUUUUUUUUCCAGGAGUUACGCCCCUUUUUUUGGGGGGAG